UAGCUGUUUUCGAAGCAAAACCAUCACUUAAAUCAUUAUACUCUAUCUUGUAGAGAGCUUCAUUCACAAUUUGAUAUCAUUGUCAAACCAUUGAGUCUUUGUUGUGACAUAACACACGUUUUAGAAUAUGAACUAAUACACAAUAGAUAGAAAAAGCAACCUAUAACUAAUACAUGUAGAGAAAUGGUUCCAGAUAGGAGUAAAAUUGAUGGUCUAUACCUAAAUAGGAGUUAAAUGCUUUUAACUCCUAAAUAGGACUUAAUUUACCGUCUCUUCCAGAUUUGCCCCUACUCUUUUAUUUUAAAUGCUCCGUGUCGACAACUUCUCGUCCAAGGCUUUUCUUCUUUCGUGUGGACAAACAGAGUACACGAUGUUACGGUGGCGCACCAGCGACAGACCGGCGAUGCGGCGGCGGAGGAAGGCUCUGGUUGUACAGCUACUCGUCGGCAAUGCGGCAGCGGUGGUCGAAGACAUAGCUUGGCUGUACGACUGCUCGCUGGCGAUGGGAUGGAGAUAUGACAGCUCGGCAUGGAAGUCCUUCUCCUCCUUUUUUCAAUUGCAGAAACGUAUGGAUCCAAUGUUGAUAGGGAUUGAUAAGCUUGGUCUCUAUUUUCCAAGAAGAAACGGUCCCGGGAUGUCCCCUUGCAGCUUGGGAUGGCAGGUGAUGGGGGAAUUGCUGGAGUUCCUCAGUUUAAGGCGGGAAGAGGCGCUGGAGAGAUUCAUGGCGGACAUAAUUUUUUAUCCACUUACAACAUACGUAUUUAGUUUGAUUUUUGUUUCAAUUUCUUUCCCAAAUGUUCCAGAUCUACACCGUGAUUCAUCCACUUCUAUUUGUUUCUCCUAUUCUGCUGGUAUUGACAUUGGGAAUAAAGGAGAUAAUGUCAU